AUGAACGGAGAGAAGGAGAGUCCUCCUAAAAGCGAUGAUUUUUGAAAAAUCGCAAGCGGAAAAUCAGAAAAAAAUUCAAUUUUUGAGUUUUAUUCCCAACUUUACAGUAAUAUCAAUAAUGAAGAAAAUUCUAUUGUUUGGGAAAAAGUAAUAGAGGCAGCAAGGGGUAUAGUUUGAUGCCUUCAAAUAAUAAGCUUACUAUGGCUUCCUGAUAUGAAAAUUUCCAAUUGAAACAAAAAUAUGAUUUUAUGGGAAAUCAUAGGCUAUUUAAAAUUUGACAACAUUUGCUCAGAAUUAGGGAUUAUAAAUGAAUGCCUAAUUUUAUCUAUUCUAUUUACCUGUUCUGUUUUUCUGAGUGUAAUUACUUUUAUUGCCGCUAUUUAUUAUUCUUAUAGCAUACCUACUCUUAUUUUAAGCUUUUUCCGUAAUUUGUUUAGCUUAUAUAUAGCACUAUUUUUGGUACCUUCGAUUGAGAUUUUUACAAUCUUCCUCAAAUACAAUUUUUUGCAUCAUGAUAAAGUUGCAGAAUAUCAAAGCAAUAACGAUUCUGCCAAGUAUGAAAUUAGCCUAGCUUUGCAAACUGGGAUAAUAUUUUUACUGAUUUUUGGGCUGGUUUUAAUGAUUUUUUAUACACAACUUUCUGGAGAAAUUCGACAUUCUUUGCAUAAAAAUACAAUAACGGCUAAAGCACACUCGAAAAUUGAUACGCACAUAGCUAUUUUUACCUAUUUCUUACCAAUUUUUUACGUUGCAGUUGCUGAAAACUCUGUUAUCUAUUUGCAAAUAUUAGCAAUUAUUUUUUCAGCGAUUUUAAUCAGAGAAGCAAUGAUAUUCCGCCCAUAUUUUUCGUUUUAUUAUAAUUCAAUAGUUAUUCUUCGGCUAUUUACUAUAGCUUUUAUUUCUUUUAUUUUUAUUUUGGGGCGAUUAAUGGAUAACUCAUUAGCUAUUUCUAUGUUUGCACUCAUUUUAUGGCCUAUUUUAUCUAUUUUCUUUAUUCAGCUUACAAUCAAGUCAGAAAAAAAAGUUCUUAAAAAUAUCCCUAAUGGUAUGCAGAACAUAAAUUCUGAAUAUGAAUUAGAAAGAUCUUUGAGGAGCGCAUUACUUAUAAAUGAUGCUGAAAAUAAAGAGCAAAUAAUUCAAUUUUUUGAAAAUUUUUUUAUAGAUAAAGAGAGAAGUUGCAGCAAGCUCCUAGUUAUAUGAGAAGCAAAUUAUUGUUUAUUUACAUUAGAUAGCAAAUCUUUGGCCAAAGUCAAGAUUGCUAAAAUUAAGCAUUUUUCUAAUUUAAUUUUGGAAGGCGAUUAUCAAGAAUAUUUAUGCAAUAAAAAUAUUUCAAAUCAUGAAUCCGAUAUCUUAAAUUUUCCUAGCUUUUUUGCUGAAUUUCAAUUAAUUAAAAAAAGAGACAAAGAGUUAUGCAUCAAUUUGCUAAAUUUUUUGAAUGAGAUUACUUCCUUAAAGCCAAGUAUGAAAAAAUUAAAAACAAAAUUGAACUCCAUAGAUGAAGAUAUUACAGUUUUGAACAAGGAAUAUAGCCGCUUAACAACAAAAUAUUCCAAUUCUAAAGAAGCUUUGUCUCUUUAUGCUUCAUAUUUAAAAGAUAUCACUUAUGAUCUAGAAAAAUCAGUCUCAAUUGAAUUAAAACUAAAAUCUGCUAGCAGAAUUUUUUCAAGCUCUUUUAAUGAUCCUAACAAUUUUAGCUGCUUUAAUGACAACAAUGGAAUUUUAAUCAUUUCAAACGAAUCAGAAAGCUUUGGAAAAAUCUUAUAUGCAAAUCAUAAAUCCGCAGAAAUUUUUAAGUGACCCUUAAAUAAUUUUGUCAGUGACAAUUUUUUCAAUUUUUUUCACCCUUAUUAUAUAGAAAGAAUUAUAGCUGAAGCCAAGCAUUUCGUUCAAUUCAGUUCAUCAUUAGAAAUAGACUUAAAUCAAGGCUUUUUUUUAAAUCUCCCUAACAAUUUAUUAGAGUGUAUAGGAAAAUUAUCAGUGACGACAAUAAACAAUUUUAUUGUGUCCAUAUUGAUUUUUAGGAAAAAAGAAAUUGAGCGCCAAGUUGCAUUGAUAUCCGAUGAUUUCGAAAUAAUUUGCCACUCAACAAAUUUUCAAAAAUUUUCAGGUAAAGUAAAUGACAAUUUGAUAGGAUCUAACAUAAAAAACCUAUUUUUUUGCUUACUCCCUCCUUGAGAGAGAGAAAAAAAACUUGUUCUUUCAUGGAGGGGGAUUAAUUUUUUUUUUAAAAUAAUUUAUAUAUAAAUUUUAAAGAAAAUUUUUUUAGAAAAAUCUGACUUCUCGAAAAUUGGAAUGCAAAUGUUAAUUUAAUAUUAAAUUUAUGUUUUAAGGCGCAAUUUGUUUAAAAUUUAAAUAGAAUUAGCUCCAGAUUUCAUGAUAUUAGUUAUCACUUAUAUAUCAAAAUUUUUUCCUAUAAAAAUUUUUCUAUUAAAUACAUUUUUGUUCGCUCACGGAGGGCAAAAAAUAGGAAUUUUUUCUAAUGGUUUUGUUCACUCACGAAGGGGUUAGAGUUAGAAGAAUUUGAUUUAAAGCCUUUUACAGCUUAUCGUUUACCAUAUAUUUCUAACGAAAUGCAUUUAGUACUAUCAUAUUAUGAAUUGUUUGAAUUAAAACUCCCAUAUGUGAUACUAAUAAAUGACAGCAAAGAAAUUAAGAAUUGGAGGAGUGAAGAGCUUGAUACUUAUAAUAACGCCAAGCAUUUGCAAUUAGAACCUAACUUUUUGUCAGCAGAGCUCCCAGAUACAUGAUAUUCUGAAAGAAUAAAUGCAUCAUCCCAAAAAGAAAACCAACCAGAAGAAUUAUUGGAUUCAAAAAUGAAUUUAUAUGAAGAAAGCUAUGAAGACCUUGAAAAUAAUGAAAUUACUGAUAAAAAUGAUGAUAAUAGAUCUCAGUUCUCUGCAAGCAAUUCUCGAAAUAAAUUUCUCACUCCUCCCCUUUAAAUUGAAACAAAAUACAGGUAAAAUUUCCACUUUUUUGGUAAAUUAACCCCCUUUAAAUUGGAACAAAAUUUAAUUUUAUAUUAAAAAAUUUUAUAUAUAAAAAUCAUAAAUUUUAUGUAAAAAGUUUUGAUAUAAUUUAAAUGUUUCUUCUUAACUAAAAUUAAAAAUUUAGUUAUAUCUUGCUCUUAUUUCAAGAAGAGAGUAUAAAGAGCAUCUUAUUUAAAUAAAUUUAUUAUCCUUAAUUGCUAAACUUUUAAAAAAUUUGAAUUUUUUUUUUUUAAAAAAUUUUUAAAAAUUUUUUUAGUUUUUAUUAUUUAUAUAAAUUCAAUGCGAAUUCUUUACAAAAAUUGAAAAUUUACUUAUUUUUUGCUUUAUUUUAAAGAAUAGAGUAUAAAUAGCAUCUUAUUUAAACAAAAAUUAGCAUUUUGACCUAUAAAUUUUCGAAAAUUUUUUUUUUUAUUAAUAAUAAUAAAAAUAAUAAUUUUUGUGUUAAUAGUUUUGAAACCAAUUAAUAGUGGCGUAUUAACUAAUAAUGAAAAUUUAGUUAUAUCUUGCUUUGUUUUAAAAGAUAAAGAGUAAAUAGCAUUUUAUUAAACAAAUUUAUUAAUCUAAUUCGAUAAAUUUUUGAUUUUUUUUUUUUUAUAAAAAAAUUUUUAUAAAAAAAUUUUCUUAACACCCCUUUAAAUUGGAACAAAAUUUUUUGUUCCAAUUUAAAUGGGGGGGGGAGACAGGGCAAAAAAAGUUUCAUCAAGAGCAGUAAAUGUCCAGCACGCGGCUUAUGUUUUUUGUGUAUUUUUUAUUUAGGCUUUAGUUGUUGUAUCUUUCAAUAUAGCUGUCUUGGUUUAUGCUUUUUCUACAAUUAAUGCGAUAAGUAAUAUAAAUCUGCCUUUGCAUAUUGGAGAAACUGGAAAAUAUUUUCAGCAAAUUGCUUUAUCUUCACAAAUGAUUUUGUGGGCUAUAAUUUCUCAAGUUCCUGAAUCACUUGCUCUUGUUCCAGAAAUUAAUAAUAGAUAUAUAGGCAGUUUAUCUGAUUUUAAAGCACUUUACUCAAAUAUUACAGCAAAUGCAAUAAACUGAAACCAUUGCUCUGGCCAAAGCAUUAUAAAUGAUGCAAAUAUGGAUUUAUGACACUCAGACAAUGGGUUUUAUACAAAAAAGUCAAAUUUGGUGAAUGCUGCUGCUGAGUUUAUAGCUAAUGUAUUUUUUAUGUAGGGAAAAGAUUUUGAAGCAAAACUUAUUGACAGCUCUUUAGGAAGUCCUUGAGAUCCUUUUCACUUUUUGCUAUUGAAUGGGUAUGGAAUAGCACUAGACUACUGCUACAAUUCAUUUAAUGAUAUAAUAGACUGCCAAAAAUCAGCAAUAGGAGGUUUCAAAACCCAUAUGACAGUUCUUUUAUCGUCUGGACCUAUUGUUCUUCUUGUGUGUAUUUUGCUGAUAAGUCCUGCUUUUUAUACAAUGUUUAAAAUAGAAAAUGAGCUUUGAUGCGAUGUUAGAAAAAAUGCUUAUAAAUCAUAUUUUGAUCACAAGCAAACAAUUUUAGAUAGACUAAGAGACGUUCAUUUUGAAGAAAAUAUAACAUUUUCAGAUCAAAAGCCUUCGAAAAAGAUAUGUAGAUUUUAUAGCUAUUGGAAAUAUGCUUGAAGGAUAACUGUUGUGCAAGUAGCUGUUUAUUCUUUUUGUUUAAUAAAUAUUUUGUAUCUCUAUGAUCUAUGCUUGGAGUAUUUAUCUAAUAGACCUGAAGCUAUCCAAAAUUUAAUUAAAGCACAAAUCUUAUAUGUAAACUUAGGGAUAUGAACAAUUCAAGCUGCAGCAAAUACGUGGGGUUUUCCAUUAUGUGUUCAAUUUCCUUCUGCGUGCCCUUUUUAUCAAGCUGAUACCAAAAUCGAUGAAAUAAUAUUCAGUAUUCAAAGCAUACGCUUAGCCUUAAGAAAUCCUAAAUAUUCAAAUGUCUUAUCUCAAAAAUUUAAAAAUCUGCUCUAUGAAGAUAAUCAAGAAAUUUCAAAAGAUUUUUUUAGGUUUGGGGCUUAUUCUGCUCAAGAGCACUUAACUCUUGAGGUAUACACUCAAGCGUAUAAAAUUAAUCCUCCUGCUGAUUUACUAAACUUUGUAUGAAAUACACUAUAUAUAGCUGAUUUUUAUGAUAGCGCUGUAACUGAAAUUGAUGAUUAUUCAAAAAGUUUAAUUGAUAAUCAAAUGACUAUUAUUGCAUAUUCCCUAGUUGCCUUUAUCCUAUCCUCAUUUGCAGCUUAUAUCGGAAUCUAUCUGACAUUUUUUAUAAACGAAAAAAAGUAUUUGCAAAAAAUAAAUUCAAUACUUAAAAUGAUUCCAAAUAACCAAUAG